GGCCGGGCCGGGGGGAUGGCGGGGGAGGAGGAGGAGGAGGAGGAAGGGGGGAGCGGGGGUGUCAUGCCGAGAGCGCGCGUCGCAUCCCGGCAGGCCGCGGCCCGACCCGCACCCCGGGGCGCAGCCCUCAGCCGCUCCCCCAGAGGGCAGCGCUGGGAGGAGGGGGCGGCGACGACGAGCAGCCCUGCAACAUCUGUAAAACUUGAAGGAGGCGGCGGAAAAGAGCGCGCGAGACGGAGAAAAGCGAGAGGGACAACUUUUCCGACACGUGAGUACCUCGGCGCGAUGUGUUUGUUCCCCUCCUUCGGUGGCUGCGCCGAGCCAAAACAAUGCGGGGCGGCUGCGGGGCUGGAGGGGACGGACGGCACGGGACGGGACGGAGGGGUCCCCCCUUCCCUACCAAAACUGUUCGGUACCAGGCGGUGGAUUUGGGUAUACUUUUUUUUUUCUUUUGCUUCCUCUCUUCUUUUUCUCCUCCCCCCCGCUCUUUUUGUUGAACCAAAUCAGAAAUGUCAGUCAGUGCGAGUGAGUCAGAAGGGAUCAGAUUACAAGAUCACUGAAACUGAUGUCGGACCCGCGCACACACACCCCCACACUGAGGCAGAGGCGCGGGCUGCUCCCCGCGGGAGGCGGGCAGGGAUAAAACAACCACCAACAACACCCGCUGGCCCUCCUCUGCCGCCCCCGUCCAGCCUGUGUCCCGUCCCGUCUCCCUGCCCCGCGGGAUGCCCGGCGGGGGCCGGCCCCGCUAGCCGCGGCGGCGGGGGAGCGGUGCGGGGACGAGCCGGCGGCCCCGGCCCUCGCCCAUGGGCAGCGCGGGGGCUCGGCGGCAGCGGCGGCAGGUACGUACCCACUUGGGCGAGAAGUUCUUUGUUCCCCUGUCUCUACUCCGGGCCACUUUCUUUCGUCUCCCAGCGCUCCGGCCCUGCUCUCGGCCGCCUUCCCGCUUCCCUAACUUGGAGGCGGGGGGCGGGGGGGACCGAGGUGUCUAACCCCCAAAAUGGCAGUCACGGAGCGCGGGAGCCGAGGGCGCGGGGUGCGGGGCGAGGCAGGGGCAGUCCCCGCUCCGGGCCGGGCCGGGCUCGGCCGGGCACGUCCCGCGGCAGAGCUGCCGAUGUGCGGUCGACAGCUGCUGUUUUAUUUCCACCCCUUUCUCUCUCCUCGCCCCUACUGCCUGAGCGACUCCCGGGCGUUUUCACGCCCGUGCGGCGGGAGGCCGGCCCAAACUUCGCAGGGGGAAAGGCGAGAGGAGCGGGGGAGAAUCCGCUGUCACAUCUGGCGGAGCGGAGGGGCGCCCGGGGGCUGUCGUUCCUUGCCGGCUGCUCCCUACGAGGAAGGGGACGGUCGGGUCCCGGUCGGGAGGGCGGCGCGGUGAUGCCGGCGCCUCUCUGA